AUGGAUAAAAAUGGUCCAACUUAUGAAGACAGAGACCGUGGCCGGAACUAUCGCAAGCAGCAUCGUGAAGAAAGACAGCGACACGAUGAUGACGCCCUUGAGGAUGGUCAAGAUCUUGAUUCUCGUCAGUCUAAGGCUCAUAAACGCCGGGAUGAGGAACGGCACCAACAUAGGAGCAAAGAGUCUUCAAAUGAUCCAGAAAAUCGACAUGAGAGGUCUAAAUCACAUGAAAGAGGAAGCAGGAAUUCAGUUGAGCGGGAGAGGUCUGAGAAGCUCAAAGACAAGGAUCGACGACAUCACCGCUCAACUCGGGAUUCCCUGCACAAUGUUGAGCCCCGUCGUGAGAGGUCCAAUUCCUAUGAGAGAGGGACAAGGGAUUCAGCUGAGCGUGGCCAUGUCUCUCGAGAUGAAGCUGCUGAGCAACAAUCAUCUAGGAAGAGAAAGGAAUACGAAGGAGGAAAUGGGGAUGUAACCAAGAAGCGAAGUAGGAAUUUAGAUGCUCCUAAGGAAGAAAAGAGGGAGGUAAAGAGAGAGAGGAGGCGAUUUGAGGACCGAGCUGAUGAAGACCUAAGCUAUCUUAAUGGUAAUCAUCAGGUAGGGAAAAGAGAUGAUCGGCAGAUUGAUGAUAAAUCAGAGGAGGUGAGGGAUAUGAGAGAAAGGAGGAAAGAACAAAUUUAUAAACAUAGGGUGAAAGAAGAAGGGUUUAGUCAUGCUGAUGAUAGAGGGGAGGAAUUGAGAACAACUGACAUGAUCAAGGAAGAACGGAUCAGUGAUGGAGAGGACAGAAUGCUCAGCCGGAAAGAAAGAACAAAAGAACAGAGCGUCAGGGACACUGGGAAGACACUUAAGUUUGGUGAUAAACGACCAACGGAUAGGGACAGAGAAGAACUAGAAUUUCAAGAUGUCAAACCUCAAGUUUCAGUUACUGGCUUCCCAAAGCUUGACAUUGACCAGAAGACAUUGGAAAGGAGGUCUUCCCUAACAGCGGUCAGUUUCUUAUUUUCAGUUUUUUCCAUUUUUUAUGCCUUAUUUAUGAUUUGAUUGUUUCACGCUUCUCUUGUCUGCCCAUAUCUCAAUUUCAACAUGAAAUUAAUUAGCUCAGCCAACCUGUAGCUUCGUUCUAGUUGAAAAAAUCAUGUGUUUUCUUGCAUUCUGAUCCCUUUUAACCUCUAUUUCUUGGCACACAAAUUGUUUCUUGCUUAGAGAGAUUAACCUUUCAUAAUUAAAACACCACCUUUUUUUAAUAUUUCUCAGACCCAAAAGCAUUGAUUGAAGUGUCGAUGUUUGGGAAUUCACUCAUAAUUUUUCCAUGAAUUUAUACGUUGUGAAUAUUUUAAGUAAUAGCCAAUGUUUUGAAGCUGAACUUGGUGUUGAUCUGUUCCCGUAUGCCUUGGCAUCACCUGGCCUUGUUGCCUAGUUGUAAGGUGAUUGAACAACACCUUGGUUUCCUUUAAACCUUGUUUGUAUUAAUUUGCAUGUGAUGCGAAUGAUUCUGUUGCCAUUUGUCUUGGUGAAUAAGGUGGUAUGUCUAUUUAGGGUUUUCCGGUUUACAGAAACCCUAAAACCCGGCAGCCAUGUUAGAUAAUGUGAGACGUUUCGACCAGAUCAAGACACCAUGCAGGUGACUUAUAGAGCCUGAAGCAGGUACUCAGCACCUAGACAGUCCAGGUGGUGCCUUAUUAUAGCUAUUUGGUUGCCUUGGCAAUAUGUAAAAUCAUGCGAGUAGCUCCAUUUUUUUUUCCUUUUCACCGCUAUUUCCCUUUUUUUAAUCCUUUUUAAAAGAUCAGCACCAUGCAAAACUCUACAACAUUAUUAUUAUCCAUAUCUUUUGGUUUUCCUGUGUAAUAGGUUCGAAUGACAUGUAACCCAUAAGAAACAGAAUAAAGAAGGGAAGACAACACCCGGAAAUACAACGAAGCUAAGGUUCUGUCCCUCUAAAAAGAUGAUCGAUGAAAAAGGAAAAAAAAACUAGAAGACCGAUUCUUCUCUCUUCUUGAUCAAAUUCAGCAGGCAGGCUUGAAAAUACAAUGCAAAAAACAUGAAAAACCCAUGAAAAUAUGUCUGGAUCAAAUUUCAUUAUUUUGACUUAUUAGAUACAUGAAAAUACAACUUAAAAUGAAAAUACAUUCCUUUAAUACACGACCUAGGUCUGAAGAUGUAAAUCCUGUCACUAGUAAUCUCUAGGUUACCAAUUUCCACACGAAUAUUAAUUUUUGAGUAGAUUUUUUUUUUCCAACCAUUCUCUGCUAUGAAACUUUUUUUGGCCAAAAAGAAUUUAGAAUGAAAAAUCCCUUUGUAUUCCUUCUCUGUUGUAUAUUUUUUUUCUGAACUCUGUCGUUAAAGUGUGUUGAAAAAUCAUUACCCAGAAGAACAUCGUCAUUUGUUGCUGGGAAUUCUGCUUAAUGCAAAUGUUUUUUUUUGACGCUCGAGAACUGUUCACAGGAGAAAAUCUCUGGUUAUUGACAUUUCUCCAGUAUAUUUCUCUCGCUAAAUAAUCCUCAGGGAGUUACUGUCUUCUAUUCUUCGAAACCAUUUUGGGAUUCCAAUAUCGUACAUUAGUGCUUAAGUUCUGUGGUGGAAAAUAUUUGUCAGCCAUCUGUUCUGUGAAACGUUCAGUUAAUGAACAAGCCACUGUGUUCGAAGAUGGGACGAAACACAGACUGAUAGUAACUCAGUGGUUUCCUGCUAGUGGUAUUUUUUUUUUUAUUGGUUAGGAAUUUUGGUGUUUGAAUUGAUGGCUGCCGGUUUGUUUUUUGUCCUUCAAGUGAUUUUAAUGAUGCAUGUUUUUUGAGACCUGGCUUGUGUGGUGCUCUAUCUAAUUACAUCAUCUUUCUGUUAGUUUUUUUUUAAAUUCAGCAAAUAUUCCGCUAAAUGUUAUGUUGAACCAGAGUACUUUAAUAAUGUAGUGAAGACUUCAGUUUUUUUAAUUAUUGGGAUUUUUUUGACUUUUUUGUGUCGAAUGUAUACUGCAUCAUUACCAGUAUGGUUUGAUCUUCUUGAGUGGACCACCCUUUUUAAUUUUCCUGUAUUUGUUUACCCUACAGACAGCGGUGGAGCAACUAGCAGUAGCUGGAGGGGAUGUCUCCAUUACUACUGUGGCCUCUAGUCAUCCAAAACCACUUAAGGUGUCUACGAUUUCCACCACCAAUGAAAAAGAUGGAGUUAAUAUUACCAGAUCUGAUGAGGUUCCUGGAAAAUUUAGUGCAGAUAAAUCAGCAAUUUCAGUGGCUGGUAAAAGUAGCAGUCUCUCUCUUGACGCUUUAGCUAAAGCUAAGAAGGCUUUACAGAUGCAGAGGGAAUUGUCAGAGAAGUUGAAGAAGAUUCCACUGGUGAGACAGUAUUCACUUAUAUUUUUAUUUAUUUUUAUUUUCUAACAUUUCUUGCGAAAUGGCUUACAUUUUAAUCAUGGUUUUCGAGUAAAUAUUUAUUUAUUUUCUCUCCAUGGGUUUCAGUUGAAUAAAAUCCCCAGCUCUAGCUCAGGAACUGGUGCACCAGUGGGUUUAAAAAGUGGAGAGGAAGCAUCAUCACUUGUGGGACAGGGUAUCUCUUCAGCAUCCACAGCUGUUGCUCAGCCAGCAUCAAGUGAAGCAUCUGAGAGGCCACCUGCUAGCACAACUGUUCUGCCUGUGCUCACCACCAUGCCUAAUUAUGAGGCUGUGAAACGGGCACAAGAACUAGCUGCUAGGAUGGGAUUCCAUCAUGAUCCUCAGUUUGCUCCGCUCAUAAAUAUGUUUCCUGGAACAGCAGCGGAUGCCUCUGUACAACCGCAAAAGCCUUCUAAGGCUCCCGUGCUACGUUUAGAUGCACUGGGCAGGGAAAUAGAUGAGCAUGGAAAUGUGAUCAAUAUGCCUAAACCAACAAGUCUCAGCACUUUGAAGGUAAGUUCAUGCAUAAUUCAUCUCUUUGUUUCGUUUUCUACAGGUGUCACUCAGAGUUUUUCGAUUUUACAUCGAAUGGCAGGUUAAUAUCAACAAACAGAAGAAAGAAGCAUUUCAGAUUCUUAAGCCCGAUUUGGAUGUUGACACUGAAUCUCAUCCUCACUUCGACGAAAGAAUGGGUAUUAAUAAGGCAAAAAUUUUAAGGCCAAAGAGGAUGACUUUCCAAUUUGUGGAGGAGGGGAAGUGGGCAAGGCAGGCGGAGAUCAUAAGAUUCAAGGUAUCCCAUAGCUCGAAUCUUAUAUUAUUCUCAUUAUAGUUUUUGUGUUCAUCUGAAGUAAUUUUCCCUUCUCCAGAGUCAAUUUGGAGAGGCACAAGCAAAGGAGCUGAAGAUAAAGCAAACACAGCUUGCCAAAGCCAAGGCUGAGCCUGACAUCAACCCAAAUCUCAUUGAGGUGUCCGAGAGAGUGGUCAAGCAAAAGCAGAAGGAUCCCAUUCCGGAAAUCGAAUGGUGGUACGUAUUUGUUGGAUGAUGUUGUGAAAAGCUGAAAAUUAUUUAUUCACUUGGUAUUGAAUAAUCUUAUUUUCAGGGAUCGGCCAAUCUUAAUCUCUGGAACAUACAGUGACAGCCCUGAUGAGAAGUUGAACUUGGAAAAGAUUAAUAUAUACAUAGAGCAUCCACUCCCCAUUGAGCCCCCUGCGGAGCCGGCUCCUCCACCUCCACAGCCCUUAAAGCUGACAAAGAAGGAGCAGAAGAAACUGAGGACACAGCGCCGGCUUGCCAAGGAAAGGGAUAGGCAGGAGAUGAUUAGGCAAGGCCUGAUCGAGCCUCCGAAGCCAAAGGUUAAGAUGAGCAACCUGAUGAAAGUUCUGGGCUCGGAAGCUACCCAGGAUCCCACAAAGCUCGAAAUGGAGAUUCGCAGUGCGGCCGCAGAGAGAGAACAGGCCCAUGUCGAUAGAAACAUUGCUCGCAAGCUCACUCCCGCAGAACGUCGUGAGAAGAAGGAAAGGAAGCUCUUCGAAGACCCAUAUACAUUGGAGACAAUCGUCUCUGUUUACAAGGUCAACCACCUUGCACAUCCUAAAGCCCGCUUCCAGGUCGAUGUGAAUGCCCAAGAGAACCACAUGACCGGCUGUGCUGUAAUAUCGGAAGGCAUAUGCGUGAUUGUUGUGGAAGGGGGUAAAAAAUCCAACAAGAGGUACAAGAAUUUGAUGCUGAAGCGGAUCGACUGGGCCGCUGCCGUGGGUGAUGAGGACGAGGGGUCCGAUGCCCUUGAGACCCCGGAUAACAAGUGUCUGUUGGUGUGGCAAGGGAGCGUUGUGAGACCCAGCUUCAACAGAUUCUUCGUCCACCAAUGCAGGACAGAAACUGCUGCGCGUAAAGUAUUCGCCGAUGCUGGGGUCGAACAUUACUGGGAUUUAGCUGCUAACUAUUCGGAGGAAGUUAUGUGA